CGCCCGCGCCGGCCCAUGCCCUGCCCGCGGCCCGCGCUGCUCCGCGCCGCCCGCGCCGCGCUGCUGCCCCCGCCGUCCCCGCGCGCGCUCCGCACGGCCGCCCCCGCGCCCCGCAGCAUGGACGGCGCCGAGGCCGCGCUCGCCCCGCUCCGGCUCGCCGUGCGCCAGCAGGGAGAUCUCGUGCGGAAGCUGAAGGAAGAUAAAGCCCCCCAGGUGGAUGUCGACCGAGCCGUGGCUGAGCUCAAAGCCCGGAAGAGGGUGCUGGAGGCGAAGGAAUUAGCAUUACAGCCCAAAGAUGACAUUGUGGACAGAGCCAAAAUGGAAGAUACCCUCAAGAGGAGAUUUUUCUACGAUCAAGCUUUUGCCAUUUAUGGAGGUGUCAGUGGCCUGUACGACUUUGGGCCCGUUGGCUGUGCUUUGAAGAACAACAUCAUUCAGAAUUGGAGGCAGCACUUUAUCCAAGAGGAACAGAUUCUCGAGAUUGAUUGCACCAUGCUGACUCCUGAGCCAGUUUUAAAGACCUCAGGCCACGUAGACAAAUUUGCUGAUUUCAUGGUAAAAGACAUGAAGAAUGGAGAGUGUUUUCGUGCUGACCAUCUGUUGAAAGCUCAUUUACAGAAGCUGAUGGCUGAUAAGAAGUGUUCGGCUGAGAAGAAAGCAGAGAUGGAAAGUGUCUUGACCCAGCUUGAUAACUAUGGACAGCAAGAACUUGGGGAUCUUUUUGUGAACUAUAAUGUGAAAUCCCCCAUUACUGGGAAUGACCUCUCCCCUCCAGUCUCCUUUAACCUGAUGUUCAAGACCUUCAUCGGGCCCGGAGGAAACAUGCCAGGGUACUUGAGGCCAGAAACUGCACAGGGGAUUUUCCUCAAUUUUAAGCGACUUCUGGAAUUCAACCAAGGAAAGUUACCUUUUGCUGCUGCCCAGAUUGGAAAUUCUUUUCGAAAUGAGAUUUCCCCUCGAUCUGGACUGAUCAGGGUCAGAGAAUUCACAAUGGCAGAAAUUGAGCACUUUGUAGACCCCAAUGAGAAAGACCAUCCCAAGUUCCAGAGUGUGGCAGACCUCCAGCUGAAUUUGUAUUCUGCGAAGGCUCAGGUCAGCGGACAGUCUGCUCAGAAAAUGCGCUUAGGGGAUGCUGUUGAACAGGGUGUGAUUAAUAACUCAGUAUUAGGCUACUUUAUUGGCCGCAUCUACCUCUACCUCACGAAGGUUGGAGUAUCUCCAGAAAAACUCCGCUUCCGGCAGCACAUGGAGAACGAGAUGGCCCACUAUGCAUGCGACUGCUGGGACGCCGAGUCCAAGACGUCCUACGGCUGGAUCGAGAUUGUCGGGUGUGCUGAUCGUUCCUGUUACGACCUCUCUUGUCAUGCACGAGCCACCAAAGUCCCACUUGUCGCUGAGAAACCUCUGAAAGAGCCCAUAUCGGUCAACGUUGUUCAGUUUGAACCCAAUAAGGGCGCCGUUGGCAGAGCAUAUAAGAAGGACGCAAAGCUGGUGAUGGAGUACCUUGCCGCGUGUGAAGAGUGCUACAUUACAGAGAUGGAGAAACUUCUUGAUGAGAAAGGUGAAUUCACCAUUGAAACUGAAGGGAAAACGUUUCAGUUAACCCGAGACAUGGUCAGUGUGAAGAGAUUCUCGAAAACAUUACAUGUGGAAGAAGUCGUCCCAAAUGUCAUCGAGCCCUCCUUCGGCCUGGGCAGGAUCAUGUACACGGUGUUUGAGCACACUUUCCACGUCCGAGAGGGGGAUGAGCAGAGAACGUUCUUCAGUUUCCCGGCCGUCGUAGCUCCAUUCAAAUGCUCUGUCCUUCCACUGAGUCAGAACCAGGAGUUCAUGCCCUUCGUCCGGGAACUGUCCGACGCCCUCACCAGGAACGGCGUCUCCCACAAAGUCGACGACUCCUCGGGGUCCAUCGGGAGACGCUACGCCAGGACGGAUGAGAUCGGGGUGGCCUUCGGCAUCACCAUCGACUUUGACACCGUGAACAAGACCCCUCACACCGCCACCCUGCGCGACCGGGACUCCAUGCGGCAGAUCAGAGCCGAGGUCUCGGAGCUGCCGGGCAUGGUCCGAGACCUGGCCAACGGCACCCUCACGUGGGCUGACGUGGAGGCCAGGUACCCGCUCUUCGAAGGGCAGGAGACUGGGAAGAAGGAAACCCUGGAAGAGUGAAGACAGCGUCGUGCCCACCUGCGGCCAAGGAGACACGUCCCUCGCCACGUCCACCUCACGCCAGACGCACGGUGGGCGCUCCCAGGCGCUGCCUCCCCUCAGUGGCCGCCCGCUCGCACCCCACAAUUAAAGCUGAAGGAAUUCGAAACAGCCUUGUGACGCGUGUGCUUGUCUCCCUCCCCUCUAAGCAGACACAUUCCUGGCCCGAAUGCUACACGUGCAUGAUUCGUUAUAAUUAGCAGCUUUAUUGGGGCGCCCUUGCAGAUUGCAGAUUGUCCCCUUUGGGGCAUACCACUCAUUUCAACGACGCUCUGUGUUUUUUCAGAGUAUUUCCAACCACCACCGAGGUCCAGCCCCCAGCAGCCUCUUAUUUUCUGUCUGUGGUCUUGUUUAUCCUAUUUCCCUCUUGCUCUGUGCAGACGCUGAAGAGAUCACGUUCUCUAAGCGGAGUGAAGCAGGCUUCUGGGGGGUGGGGACUGGCCUGACUGGAGUGAGGAGCAGGAGGAGGCACAGUUGAACCUUUUGCUGGCUCUCACCU